AUUUUUUUUUCUUCCCCGACACCAGUACUUGGCCUAUUCUCUAGACCCACAGCCGCUCACACAACCCUACUAUACAGCCUUUAAUGCUGCAUGAAUUACUGCUAGUGUUAUCAGGAUACCCGGGCGACGUCUUUUUGCCGUCACCACCGGCACCUCAGGCUCCUAACACAUUUGCCAUUGCUUCUGAUUUCCCGUUGCUUCACGAUGCAGAACGCUCAGCCCUCAAUCGACUGGCCAAUUUGGGCUGGCAGUAUGCUAAAAUUGACGAAUUCGUACGAGGGAUUCGCAAUUCCGUGACGUCUUCCCAUAUAGCCGCGGACACACCGCACGGCUCUUAUAUACAAGCCCUGGCUGUCGCUCUGAACGAUGUUCUUCGAGAAUACCGCGACACCAUCGUCAACUGCGAGCAACGGAUCCUUGGAAAGCAGGAUCAUCUCAAUGGAGCAGUUCCUAUCAUUCAUAUUGCCGCAGCGUUUGCGAAAUGGACUAUCAUAUUACCGGCGCUGACAAAAUUGCUGAGCGAGAUUGCAGAGGAUCCAGCGAGCUGGCAUGGGUGCCGGCUACUAGGUCUUAUCAUACAGAAAUCACAUACGGGAGUAGCGGAACUUCGAGAUAUCGCCAAUCAAGUUCUCCACCAUCUUCAUGUCGUCAUGUACAAGCAGAUCAUAUCAUGGAUGGUGUAUGGUCACCUGUUUGAUCCAUACCAAGAAUUUUUCAUCGCUAAACGACCCCCAUCUUCCAAUGCGUCCAUGUCACCGGCUAUUCCUUCAUCGACCGGCGAACAGGAACCUGCUGGAUCCAGUGGACAGUUUGAUCAUUGCCUUGAGAAAAGUUUUAUACCAUCCCAUGUACCGCUCGAAUUGGCGGAAUCCAUUUUAUUUGUGGGAGAGAUCGUCAAGACAGUACGAGAUAAUUCAGCAAGCUAUUCCAACAUGCUACCAAAGGAAAUGGUAGAACAGCAUUUGCAACUUUUGCUUCAAUUGAGCAACACCGGUAGUGAGAGUUACGCUGCGUCUAACAUCAAUAUUCUUCGACUACAAAAGGCUGUCUCAACCAUUCGCCGUGCCACUGCAGAAUGGAUGUUUCAUCAAGUCCUGGUCGGUGAUCAUGACAUCUUACGGUACCUGGAGUCGUUUAAAGAUUUCUAUUUGCUUGGCCAAGGUGAUUUCGCAAGAAACCUGAUUGACGAGUGCGACCAACUUGCCACGUCUGAUUCCAACACGGACCGACGACAUCGGUAUGGACGACGACAAUUGGAUGCUUUGCUCCAUAAAGCUCAGUUUGGAUGCUUGUGUGAAGAUUCCCCUGAGCUCGCUCGAUAUUCGUUGCGUGUUACAAAGCAAUUGGAAGCGUCGCAGGACCAACUGUUCUCCUUCUUCCUAUUGAACGGCUCUCCCUGUUCUCUUAAAUACCACUACCGAUGGCCCUUGAAUCUAUUCCUCACAGCCGCCGACAUGAAUCACUACGAUGCCAUGUGGGAGUUUCUGAUUAGUUUGAAGAAAGUCCAGAGCAAGCUUAAUUCACUCUGGAUUGUCCUUCGAGGGGGAUGGUCGUCCGGUUCAACACGUCGACGGGAUGGUAUGGACGAACAUCAGGAUGGGCCGUGGUCGGUGGCCAGCAUGAAGCAACGUGAACGACUUGUUUGGCGAGUUCGAUCGAAGAUGCUGUUUUGGAUCGAUGCUUUAUGGUGUCAUGUACAGAACGAUAUCAUCAACCCCAGCUACACCUCAUUUAUCGACAGUAUACGGCCUUCUUUAGAAAAGCGUGUAGCGGGUCACGACGAUGCCAUGGAAAGUGUGGAAGGGGAUACGCAUUCAAGCUCUGUAGAGGCGCUUGAUUUUGAACAGAUUCAGAAAGCUCACAAAGUAUACUUGACUCGACUGUUCCGUGGUUGUCUGCUCGAGUCGUCCAGCUCUUCGGAAAGGAUGAGUGCGAUACUUCAAAUAUGCCUUGAAUAUUGCCAAUUGAUUAAAGAUGUUGGAGAUAAGGGGGAUUGGAGUAGUCGACAACGAGCACAAACAGCGGAUGAAAUCGUUGCUAAAUGGACGCAUGGAUUUGGAAAAGAACAAGAUCCGCUUGCAUGGGUAGAUGACGUAUUAGCCAUGGAAAAGAAAUUCGCUGUCGAGACCGCCGAGUUCUUCAAGUCAUUGUCUCGCGUAGGCAUGUCCCAUGGCAAUAGCGAAGGCUUUGACGGCCCGCCAGUGCAUUUGGAUCUGUUCCUGGCCCGCCUGGACUAUAACAAAUGGUUCUCGAUUCGAAGGUUUAAUGUUGAAGGUGGUCGAUAGUCCUGUGAGAAACCCCAUGUACCCCCCGCUGUAAACAUGUUUUGUAUAUAUUGGCACGCUUUAUCUCUCAUUCUAGAAAAAUAAUUUUAUAUCAUUAAUGAAGAUGCGCUUAAUACCUUUUCACACGA